AGAAUACAAUCCUCUGCAAGAGUUAAAUCUUUCAGGAUUAGAGGUUACAAACAAGACAAUCAAAGACACGAUGCAAAAGAAGAAGAUGGUCGACUUGCCAGCCGUCUUCUGGUUUUUGCUACUGCUCAUAAGCUCAUGUGCUGUCUCUACACCAACCUGCAUUAAGAGAUCUGAUUUUUUCAAAGCCAAUGGUCGUUACGAGAAAAACCUCCGAGCCAUGCUAUUGUCUCUGCCUAACCGUGUCACGGCUAAUGAAUGCUUCUACAAGACUCCGUUCCAGCCCGGUCCAGACAUAGCAUAUGGUCUAGGGAUGUGUAGCCGAGGUACUACAACACAGGCUUGUUCUGAAUGUAUCAAGAGUGUGUCUGAUAACUUACUACAGACAUGUCCUAACCAGACAGAAGCUAUAGACUGGAGUUAUAGAGACUCGGUUUGUUUGGUACGCUACUCAAACCACAUGAUUCACGGAUCGUUUGAUUAUGGAUUUUUGUGGUCAGAUUAUAAGGAGUAUAAAGAUAUCCCAGCCAACUUGACGGAGUUUAAAACUACCUGGCAGACUUUGAUGCGUCGUGUGAUAAACAAGGUUGAUAUGUUGUUGUACGCCAACAGCACACAAGAGCUUGGGUCGUCCCCAUUCCCAACAAUAUAUGCAAUCGCACAAUGCAAUAAAGACCUAACCCUAUCGACCUGCAAUGAAUGUCUACAACAGUUUCUGGAUAAUAAUAGGUCAUGCUGCCGUGGGAUACAAGGAGGCUAUAUUGCGAGGACGAGCUGUUUCAUGCAAUGGGAUCUACAUCCACUUCCGCAAUUAUUCGGGAAUCUGCUAACACCUCCUGAAUUAUCUAACGGUCAAACCAUCACAACUAAGAAAGAUGGCAAAAAUUUAUCUACAGGAAGUAUUGUGGCAAUUUCAGUUGUUUCCAUCGCCGUGAUCACUAUACUGCUUACUCUUGGAUUUGUUGUUUUUAGGAGGAAAAAAGCUUACCAAGCGUCUGCAAGUGCAAAUGGUUAUUUAUCUGUUCCAAGGAGACCGAGGAGGACUUACGGUACUGCAUUGCCACAUGAUGCUGCGGAUGAUAUUACAACGUCUUCAAGUUCACUUCGAUUUGAUUUUAGAGCAAUUAAAGCUGCAACAAGUAACUUUCAUAAGAGUAACAAGCUUGGUCAUGGUGGAUUUGGUUCAGUUUACAAGGGUAUGUUUCCGAAUGGAACAGAAGUUGCUGCAAAGAGACUAUCUAAAACAUCAGAUCAAGGUGAGAAAGAGUUCAAGAACGAGGUGCUUCUUGUAGCAAAGCUACAACAUAGAAAUCUUGUUAGACUUCUCGGGUUUUCGGCUGAAGGAGAAGAGAAGAUACUAGUUUACGAGUUUGUUCCCAACAAAAGUCUCGAUCAUUUCCUUUUCGACCCGAUAAAGAGGGUUCAACUGGAUUGGGCAAGACGACACAACAUUAUUGAGGGAAUCACUCGAGGAAUUCUCUAUCUUCAUCAAGAUUCACGGCUUACAAUCAUACACCGUGACCUCAAAGCAAGCAACAUUCUCUUAGACACGGAGAUGAAUCCAAAAAUAGCUGAUUUUGGUAUGGCUAGAAACUUCAGAGUUAAUCAAACUGAAGCAAAUACAGGAAGAGUAGUUGGCACAUUCGGUUACAUGCCACCUGAGUAUGUAGCAAAUGGGCAGUUCUCGACGAAAUCUGAUGUGUAUAGCUUUGGAGUAUUGAUUCUGGAAAUUAUUGGUGGCAAGAAGAAUAGUAGUUUCCAUAGGAUAGAUGGUUCAAUAAGCAACUUGGUCACACAUGUUUGGAGGCUUCGGAACAAUGCAUCAUUGUUGGAACUCGUAGAUCCAGCCAUUGGGGAGAACUAUGAUAAGGAUGAAGUCAUUAGAUGCAUCCACAUAGGGUUAUUAUGCGUUCAAGAAAAUCCAGGAGACCGUCCAAGCAUGUCUACAAUAUUUCGAAUGCUCACUAAUGCUUCAAUUACUCUACCUGUGCCUCAACCACCUGGAUUUUUCUUUAGGGAAAGAACCGAGCCGAACCCAUUAGUCGAGAGAUUACUGCCUGGUCCGUCUACUAGCAUGUCUUUUACUUGUUCAGUCGAUGAUGCCUCGAUCACGAGUGUUAGACCUCGUUAAAAUUGAGGCUAAUGAAUAACAUAUACAUUUUUUUCAUAAGCCCAAAAACACAAUACUCUCUGUCUCUC